GGGUUCCCAUUAUUUAUUCAUAGUCCCUCCCGUGUUUUAUGAAGUCAGGGUCAGGGGAAGGGGGAGGGGAGGAAGGGAGUGUGUGAGAGAGAGAUAUGAAUUUGAAUACGGCAUCAUAUUCAUGGAGCGGGUUGGGGAUUUGCAAUCCAAUUGAGUGUAAGGCGCGUGGUGGAUCUUCACUUCCAGUUAAUCGCCGGCGCCGGCAACAUCCCUUGCCUUCUUGUUCUGUUGCUUUCGGUGUCCGUUUGUGCUGCGAUGCCUCUAUCCGCUCUCAUUCCCAAUCUACGCCUGUCAAAGCAGCGGCGGCGGCGGAGAAGGAGGCUCUCCGUGUCAUGAUUUCAGGUGCUCCGGCUUCUGGUAAAGGAACUCAAUGUGAGCUCAUCACUAACAAAUAUGGUUUGGUUCACGUUGCUGCCGGAGAUUUGCUCAGGGCAGAAAUUGCCACCGGAAGUCAAAACGGACAGCGUGCAAAAGACUACAUGGAGAAGGGACAGUUGGUCCCUGAUGAAAUUGUUGUCAUGAUGGUGAAGGAACGUCUCUUGAAGCCAGACUCUAUACACAAGGGUUGGCUUUUGGAUGGUUAUCCCAGGAGCUUAUCACAAGCUACUGCACUUAAGCAAUUUGGCUUUCAACCUGAUAUUUUCAUUCUUCUAGAGGUUUCUGAAGAUAUUCUUGUCGAGAGAGUAGUUGGGCGCAGAUUAGAUCCUGUUACUGGUAAGAUAUAUCAUUUGAAGUAUUCUCCUCCAGAGACAAAAGAAAUUGCAGAGAGGCUAACCCAACGUUUUGAUGAUACUGAAGAAAAGGUAAAGUUGCGAUUGAACACCCAUCAUCAAAAUGUGGAGGCAGUGCUUUCCAUUUAUAAAGACAUAACGGUUAAGAUUGAUGGAAAUGCCUCCAAGGAGGAAGUAUUUGUUCAAAUUGAUGGUGCACUCACACGUCUUUUAGAGCAAAGGAAAGCUGCUUCAGGAUCAGUGGCAGCAUAGCAGGCAUCUCUUUCUCUUGGCAUUUUGAUCUAGCAUGGAUCCUUGCUGUAGGUACAAUGAUUUUAAGUGAUAUUUAUUUGAGUUAAAUGAGCCUUCACACAAAGUAAGUUGCAUUUUCUCGUGAAGAUUGAUCCAUUGAAAUAGUCUUUCGGCUUUAUAUCUCAUUGAAAGCAAUGUGAGUUUGGACCUUGCAGGGACCUGUCAUAGUAAAGUGCGCUGUGUUAUGUUACUAGUUCAUUUUGAUGAGAAAAUGAUUACUUUAAAAUAGUAGUUUUUGUGCAAUUUGUAAAUGUCGGAUUUAGUGAAACCUCGUUUGUCGGUUCCUGUUCCUGUUCCUGUUUGUGUAUUCUAUUUACUGAAAUAAAUAAAAGAAGGAAAAUCAGCUUAUUUGA